GGCUUUCAGAUCCUGCCUCGACAGUUCGGAGUGGGGUCCGGAGGAAAACACGAGAAGCUGCGAGGCUCGUUAUUUAAAACUACAGCCAGAUUGACUGCAGAGCGAGCUCGGUCAGUGGAGAUAACCUUUCUCACAGGAGGAGCAGCAGAAGCUCACAAGAGGACAUUUUCUGUGGACUUUUCCGUCCCUCUGAGGAGAUUACUGACUUUUUCAGGACAUCUCAUAGCCCCCGCUCCUGCCGGUAGGGGAUCCCUGUGUGUGUGUUGGUGUGUGUGAUGGCGGCAUCUCAGCUUCCUGACUCCGGAGAGCACAGUAACGACAGCAGCUGCCAACACGUUGAAGUGACGGUCACGGACAGUCCCCACACACAAACCACGUCCUCCAGACUGACCCACCCUUCACAGGACACGCCCGACAAUGGCCGCCAAGGCAACGGCAGGUCCUCUCGGUUGUCCCGAGGCUUUGCGAAAGUCCUGCGUAAGAACCAGGAUUACAUCCGGAUCCGUGUUCCGGAGUCCAGGCUGGACCGGCUGCCACCGGAGUGGUGGAAAACAGGUGUGACCUUCCUGUGGGCGGUGUUAAACCUGUUCUGCACCACCGUCAUGAUCACCAUAGUCAACGACAGGGUCCCCGAUAAGUCAGUGAACCCACCACUGCCAGAUAAGUUCUUCGACUACGUGCCCCGCGUGAAGUGGGCCUUCACCAUCACUGAGGUCAACGGCAUGAUCCUGGUCAUGGCCUGGUUCAUCCAGUGGCUCUUACUCAAACACAAAUCCAUCAUUGGUCGGAGGUUUUUCUUCCUGAUGGGAACUUUGUAUCUGUACCGCAUCAUCACCAUGUACAUCACCACACUGCCUGUUCCCAGCAUGCACAUGAACUGCGCUCCGAAGCUGCAUGAUGACCCUAUAGGUAAGGUCCAUCGGGUUCUGCAGUUGUUGUCUGGAGGAGGUUUGUCCAUCACUGGUUCUCAUAUGAUGUGUGGAGAUUUCCUUUACAGCGGACACACCGUCAUGCUCACCCUCACCUUCCUCUUCAUCAGAGAGUACUCCCCACGCUCCUUGUGGUGGUAUCACCUGAUCUGCUGGUUUCUAAGCGCAGUGGGCGUGGUCUGCAUCCUGGUGGCUCAUGAGCACUACAGUGUGGAUGUGGUUGUGGCUUACUUCAUCACAUCCCGGCUCUUCUGGUGGUACCACACCUUGGCCAACAACCAGUCUCUGAAAGACUCUCCUCAUAACUAUUUAAACAGAGUGUGGUGGAGGUUCUUCUUCAGGUUCAUGGAGAGGAACGUUACAACCAUGGUUCCUUGCACGUUCUCCUGGCCUUUAUCGCUGCCCGCAACCUGCUUCAAAAACCCCUUCAGGAGGUACUCCAAAGUCCAGAGCGUCCGUGAAGAGUGAGAAAACACAAACACCCACGCACAGAUGUGUGCAGUUGUAUGCAAAAGUUUACACGCCCCUGGUCAAAUUCCAUGUUCUGUUUAUGUUCCAGGUGAAAAUCAGUUAAUACAUCCUCUACAGAGAACACACUAAAAUAUGCCAUUUUUUCUGCUAGUUGCAAUGCAAAAUUUCUGUUUACCUUUAGUUUAAGAUAUUGGAAAAAAUAGAACGCACUAUAACAAGCGGCAUAACUUUGGCACAGGAAACAUUUUAUUUUUUCCAGUGUAUUACGUGCAGCGAAUAAACAGUAAUUGUGCAUUAAAAUGUGCAGAAGUGAGGAUGUGUUCACUUAUUUACACUCAACAAAAUGUGGAAUCUGACCGGCACACCCGGACUUAUACAGCAUAUGACUAUAACGGUGGACUUUCACUCACACACAGCAGUGUUUUAGAGACUGUAAGGCUGCUAAUGAGUGUGUGUGUAUUACCUGGAAAUUGGUUCUACUUUUUGUGCUUGAAACAAUAUUGAAGGAUUUAAAUGGGCUGUGUGUGUGUGUGUGUGUGUGUGUGUGUGUGUGUGUGUGUGUGUGUGAGACGUACAGAUACAGACAGACUAAAAAUAAUGCAAUACUAAAAGCACACACCAUACCUGUGAGCAAUUUCUGUGCACUAUAAGGCUGUUAGAAAAAACUUUGUGCUACAAAAACAAAUAAAUAUUUAAAUUUCUAUGUAGGCAUAAAAAAGAGAAGUAAAUAUAUAUUUAAUUCCUUAUGAAGCUCUUUAUGAUGAUGCUAUGUUGUUAUGCGGUAUGGAUAAAAAUGUUAAAAAUAGAAUAAUCUCUUUUUCCGUAAACAGAGCAAAUUAAAACACCUGCUCACUAUUGUGCAAGAUCACAUUAUGACUCUUCCCAGAUCUCGGACUCUACUGUAGAGCCUGAAGUGUGUUUUAUCUGAACUCAGAGCUGAGUAUGUGGAUAUGUUUGGAUGUGUUUGUGUUGCGCACCUCAGUCCUGAUCUGUGUUUACCGUUAACGACGCUGGAGGGCGAUCAGUCAAUUAUUUAAUGAAGUUACUGACUCUUUAUCACUGUGUACUGUUUUUAUUUCUGUUUAAUGAUUCGUUGCCUUCAGAUGUGUUUAAUAUUAAUGUUGUGUUGAGGUGUUAAGUAAUAAACUAUUUUUCUAUGAA